GUCUUCGACUUUAUAAGUUAACACGGAGUCCUAUGCAGGGUAAGACAGACGACAGUUGCAUUUUCGCCAGUGAACGGUAAACAGCUACGGAAUGUCCGCCACGACAGUUCAACAAAGCCGUGGCCAUGUUGCGCUGCUGGACCCAUCGGAGCAGCUUCGACCUGAGCCAAUAUACGCCGGGAAGCUGAAAAGUCAAUUCCGCAAUUUCGAUGAAGAUUCCGACGAUCCCAUCAAAGAACGUAUCCGCAAAACCUACUUAAAUAUGCACACCAAUCAAACCGUUGACUUCGUCAAAUCUCGCAUGAAAUAUUGGCUUCGGUUUGAUAAAGCCAAAAUGACGGCGAAAGAAGCCUUGAUCAAACUGAACGAUCUCGUGGACGAGAGUGAUCCGGACACGAACUUGCCUAAUAUUAUUCACGCGUUCCAAACUGCGGAAUCCAUCAGAGAGGAACAUCCGGACCUAGACUGGUUCCAUCUUACCGGCUUAAUUCACGAUCUCGGCAAGGUGAUGGCAUUUUACGGAGAACCCCAGUGGGCGGUGGUGGGUGACACAUUCCCCGUCGGUUGUGCCUGGGGCGAUUCCAUCGUUCACAGAGCGACGAGCUUUGACAAUAAUCCCGAUGGCAAAGACCCUCGUUACAAUACAAAAUACGGCAUGUACAAACCUCAGUGCGGAAUAACCAAUCUGAUGAUGUCAUGGGGCCAUGACGAAUACAUGUACCGUUUACUCAUACACAACAAGAGCAAAUUGCCGAAGGAGGCUCUGGCUAUGAUUCGUUACCAUUCCUUUUACCCCUGGCACGCCAGCGGCGACUACAUGCACUUUUGCACCCAGGAAGAUAUAGACAUGUUGAAAUGGAUCAGAGAAUUUAACAAAUUCGAUCUUUAUACUAAGAGCGGCGCCGUUCCGGACGUCGAGAAACUGUGGCCCUACUACGAGAAAUUGAUCGACAAAUACAUCCCCGGCUUAUUGGAGUGGUGAUCCUCGUUUCUAUUACGCGUAUUCGUAAUUCAUAUGAUAUUUUAAAUGACGAUUGUUAUAUGUAAACAAUAUGCGAGCUAUUUUACCGCUGGACACGUAACAAUUUUAUAAUUUUAAUGGGAUUUUAAUAUACUAAUAUUAUCUCAGUAAAGUAUGUAAUAUAUACUACAUACUGCGUGAGAAAGGAACAACUAAAAAUAUAAUCUAAGCAAUGUUAAAUAUAAGUAAAUAAGUAAAAUGUUACAUAUAAGCGAUUAUAAGCGAUUAUGAACAAAAUAAAAUUCAAUGAUUGUGCCUAUCCGGGACCUGCUGAAUCUUUUGAUCAAUAUAAUUCGCGAGAGACUUUAAAAGAGAAUCUGACAUAUCCUUCACGAGCUAACGCUGGUUGUCCAGCUGGUUGGCCCGUAAUAGCCGACCAACGCAUUGUUCCGCGAUUCCCGCGUGCGGUUCGCGGAGCGGCCGUGCUCACGCGGGUUCCGAAAAUUCGCACGCGCGGCUUUUCAAGCGCAUGAAAUUGAUUAGGCUUACGCGCUGCCCGGCGCGAUGAUAAAGUUCACGAUUGUCCCGAUUAGAUGAGUAAUCCGUCCGUUAAACGGACGCGCGCGAAGGGGAGCUUGACUCACACGGGCCGGCCGAUACUUCGAACGAAGAAUUCGUCCUCCAGGAACUGAUUCGCUCAUUUUCAUCUCGUUCGUAAGGCACGUAAGGUCACGCGCUGAAAAUCAUAAUCCUCCGUAGUAAUGCAAGAUUAUCCCAAGAAUAUACUUAAUUCCACCUAAGCAUAAAAAUUAUUUUGUUAUAAUUCAUGUAUUAGAAAAAAUAAUAAUCAUUAAUGUGUCAAUAAUGAUCAUAGGCAGGCCAUUUGUUACAAAAAAAGCAAGAGCGUUUAGCGAGAGCAGGGUGAUACAUUUUGUUAAGAAAUCAAAAUGUGUUUUAUAAGUUUCAAAAUAAUUUUUAUAAAUGUAUUUUAUCGGUUUAUCUCGUCCGCGAUACACAUAAUAUACAU